AUGGAAGCUGGUGUGUGGAAGCUGGCUCAAAGAGGCUCGGCAGAACAAGCCAUUUCAAGCAAGAUGAUGUCUCCAUCCAUCAAAUGGCCAUUUUCAACCAGGCCCUUACUGCUGUUGUCAUUGUUGAUUCUCUUAACGGUGGCAACUCCAUCCUCAUGUCAGAGCAGGGAACCGACAUCUUCUUCUAGCAACGGGGCACCGUUUCCUUGGAAUAAAAUGCGACUUCCAGAGCACAUCAUCCCAGCUCACUACGAUCUCAUGAUUCAUGCAAACCUCACCGCUCUGACUUUCGGGGGAACCACACAGAUAGAAAUCACAGCCAGCAAGCCCACCAGUACCAUCAUCCUGCACAGUCACCACCUGCAAAUAUCCAAGGCCGCCCUGAGGAAGGGAGGUGGCCAGAGGCAGGCUGAAGAGCCGCUGAGAGUCCUGGAAAACCCACCUCAGGAGCAAAUUGCGCUUCUGGCUUCCAAGCCGCUGGUUGUCGGCCACCCAUAUACCAUUGUCAUCGACUACGCUGGCAAUCUUUCUGAGAGUUUCCAUGGAUUUUAUAAAAGUACCUACAGAACCAAGGAAGGGGAAGUGAGGGUACUUGCAUCAACACAGUUUGAACCGACUGCAGCCAGAAUGGCGUUUCCCUGCUUUGAUGAACCUGCUUUCAAGGCGAGUUUUUUAAUCAAGAUCAGAAGGGAACCAAGACACCUCGCCAUCUCCAAUAUGCCAUUGGUUAAAUCUGUGACUGUGGCUGGAGGACUCCUAGAAGACCACUUUGACGUCACCGUGAAGAUGAGCACGUACCUGGUGGCUUUCAUUGUUUCAGAUUUUAAGUCUGUCAGCAAGAUGACCAAGAGCGGAGUCAAGGUUUCCGUAUAUGCUGUUCCAGACAAGAUAAAUCAGGCAGAUUACGCACUGGAUGCUGCGGUGACUCUUCUAGAAUUUUAUGAGGAUUAUUUUAGCAUCCCAUAUCCAUUACCCAAACAAGAUCUCGCCGCGAUUCCUGACUUUCAGUCUGGUGCAAUGGAAAACUGGGGGCUAACAACAUACAGGGAAUCUUCUCUACUGUUUGAUGCUGAGAAGUCUUCCGCCUCAAGUAAGCUCGGCAUCACGAUGGUUGUGUCUCAUGAACUAGCCCACCAGUGGUUUGGGAACCUCGUCACUAUGGAAUGGUGGAAUGAUCUUUGGCUAAAUGAGGGAUUUGCCAAGUUUAUGGAGUUCGUGUCAGUCAGCGUGACUCAUCCAGAACUGAAAGUUGAAGAUUAUUUCUUUGGUAAGUGUUUCAAUGCAAUGGAAGUGGAUGCAUUAAACUCCUCACACCCCGUGUCGACACCCGUGGAGAAUCCUGCUCAGAUUCGGGAGAUGUUUGAUGAAGUUUCUUAUGACAAGGGAGCUUGUAUUCUGAAUAUGCUAAGGGACUAUCUUGGUGCCGACACAUUUAAAAGUGGCAUCAUAAAGUAUCUGCAGAAGUAUAGCUAUAAAAACACAAAAAACGAGGACCUGUGGAAUACUAUGGCAAGCAUUUGCCCUACAGAUGACACACAACACAUGGAUGGAUUUUGUUCUAGAGGUGAACAUUCAUCUUCAUCUGCGCACUGGCGGCGGGAAGGCCUUGAUGUGAAAACCAUGAUGAACACCUGGACGCUGCAGAAGGGCUUUCCGCUGAUAACCAUCAGUGUGAGAGGCAGGAACGUACACAUGAAGCAAGAGUACUAUGCGAAGGGCGUGGCCGAUGCCCCAGAAACCGGGUUCCUGUGGCAUGUCCCACUGACAUACAUUACCAGCAAAUCAGACGCAGUCCAGCGCUUUUUGCUAAAGACAAGAACAGAUGUGCUCAUCCUCCCAGAAGAGGUGGAAUGGAUCAAAUUUAAUGUCGGAAUGAAUGGCUAUUACAUUGUGCAUUAUGAGGAUGAUGGAUGGGACUCUCUGAUUGGCCUUUUAAAAGGAACACACACGGCAAUCAGCAGUAACGAUCGGGCCAGUCUCAUUAACAAUGCAUUUCAGCUUGUCAGUAUUGGAAAGCUGUCGAUUGAAAAAGCCUUGGAUUUAACCUUGUACCUGAAGCAUGAAACUGAAAUCAUGCCAGUGUUUCAAGGUUUGAAUGAGCUGAUACCAAUGUAUAAGUUAAUGGAGAAGAGAGAUAUGAAUGAAGUGGAAACUCAAUUCAAGGCCUUCCUCGUCAGGCUACUGAGGGACCUCAUUGACAAGCAGACGUGGACGGACGAGGGCUCCGUGUCGGAGCGAGUGCUGCGAAGUCAGCUGCUGCUCCUCGCCUGCGUGCGCAAGUACCAGCCCUGCGUGCAGAAGGCAGAAGGCUACUUCAGACAGUGGCAGGAAGCCGAUGGAAACCUGAGCUUGCCCGACGAUGUGACCUUGGCAGUGUUUGCUGUGGGGGCCCAGACCCUCGAAGGAUGGGAUUUUCUUUAUAGUAAAUACCAGUCAUCAUUGUCCAGUACCGAGAAAAACCAAAUUGAAUUUGCUCUCUGUAUCAGCCAAAAUAAAGAAAAGCUUCAAUGGCUACUAGAUCAAAGUUUUAAGGGAGAUGUAAUAAAAACUCAAGAGUUUCCAGAUAUUCUUAGAGCUAUUGGCAGAAACCCAGUGGGAUAUCCGUUGGCCUGGCAGUUUCUGAGGGAAAACUGGAACAAACUUGUGCAAAAGUUUGAUCUUGGCUCAAAUUCCAUAGCCUACAUGGUAACGGGAACAACGAAUCAAUUCUCAACAAGAGCACGGCUUGAAGAGGUAAAAGAAUUCUUCAGCUCUUUGAAGGAAAAUGGGUCUCAGCUCCGUUGUGUUCAGCAAACCAUCGAAACCAUCGAGGAAAACAUACGUUGGAUGGACAAGAAUUUUGAUAAGAUCAAAGCGUGGCUGCAGAGUGAGAAGCUUAACCUGCUGUAA